AUUACGAUCGCAGCUCGCUCGCAGGACAAUCAGUUGGUCGCGAAGCGUUGAUAAUGCCUGGCCGCAAGUCGUGCUUUCGCUCACCGCCCGCCGGCGAUCAGUGCACCACGAACGCAACGAUUUAAUUAACUCUAAACUACUUAAGUGCAAUCGCGCCGCAAAUCAUUGUGCAUCCUACGCGCCACGCAACGCCAAUUACAAUUUUGGAUUAAUUAAUUGCGAUUGUUAUACACUCAAUUAAUUAUUAAGCUAAAGAACAAUGGAUUUGGAAACCGGCGAAGUACAAAUGUCUGUCUGCGACAGGGAAACCGGCGAGAUGCCCGCCAGCCCACGUCUCAACUCCGAAACUGGUGAGCCGGAAAUGAACUUUACGCAACCCACAGCGCGCCGUUCCUUCCGAAUACCUCAAGGCUACAUCCGCCAACCAUGCGAACAAGCAGACCAUCAGCAGUGCCACCUUCCUGCUGAUGACUUUCGCAACACCCGCAUGAGUUCAGUCAUUCUCUUCCUCCUGCCGACUGUGAUCUUCGCGCCUGUCGUCGCCAUCUUCCUCGGUGUGCUUGAGAUCAGUCUGCACAUCUGGGCGCACAAGAAAAACAAAAGUCUACGCGGUUCGGAUAUUUUCUACCAGAGUCCGCUGCACGUUAUUGUCAGCGAAUUCUGCGCUUGCUGCAUCGAUGAAAACAGUAAGAAAAAGAUUACUAAAAUGCAGGAUAAGACGAACAACAAGCUCACAAAGUACCACUACGGUUUUAGGAUAGUUACAUAGGUUUAGUUUAAAGUUUGGUAUUAUUAUGGGUCGAGUGUGCGUUUGUGUUUUAAUGGCCGCCGGCAACACCGAAAAAAUGUAAGACAUUGACUGAUUGUUAUUAAAUGCGAGAUUUAAACAAAA